GAAUGUGUGCUGCAGUAAUUAUUUUUUUAAUGCAUGUGUGUAUCUGAAAACAAAAAUGCUGACAUGUCAGGUCAAAGUGACACUUCCCUCACUCUUUAUAUAUUGAGAGAUCAAGAUAAGUUUGAAACCAUAAAUAUUAAUUUCGAUAUCACCAAUGGAGCUGCAAAUCCCUUCACCCGCAAUGUCCGGAUCAUUGACGUUUAAGGUUCGCCGACAGAAGCCUGAGUUAGUUUCUCCGGCAAAACCAACACCAAGAGGGUUCAAACUCCUCUCUGACAUCGACGACCAAGAAGGACUAAGAUUUCACAUUCCUACUAUCUUCUUCUAUAGACAUAAUCCUAAAACUUACUCCGAUCCAGUCGCAGUGAUUCGGAGAGCCCUUGCGGAGACGCUGGUUUACUACUACCCGUUCGCUGGCAGGCUUCGGGAAGGACCAAACCGGAAACUCGCCGUGGACUGCACCGGUGAAGGCGUUUUGUUUAUCGAGGCAGAUGCUGAUGUAACGCUUGUAGAGUUUGAAGAGAAGGAUGCUCUUAAGCCUCCUUUCCCUUGCUUCGAAGAGCUUCUGUUUGACGUUGAAGGUUCUAGUGAAGUGCUUAACGCUCCUUUGAUGCUCAUGCAGGUCACGCGCUUGAAAUGUGGCGGUUUUAUCUUUGCCGUCCGUAUCAACCACGCAAUGUCUGACGCCGCCGGUCUCGCGCUCUUCCUUAAAACGAUGUGUGACUUCGCCCGGGGUUAUCAGGCUCCUACGGUUGCUCCGGUGUGGGAACGUCACCGUCUGAGCACCAGGGUCCCGUUGCCUGUGUCACACGCACACCGAGAGUAUGACGAAAUGCCGGUAAUUGGUGUUGAGAACGGUGGUAAAGGAGACAAUCUGGUAGUCCGGUCAUUCUUCUUCGGCCAGAGGGAGAUGUCAGCUAUACGGAGGCUCCUGCCACUGAAUCUUGUCAAUAGCAGCACCGAUAUAGAAACACUAACUUCAUUCCUAUGGCGUUAUCGCACAAUCGCUCUACGACCUGAUCCCAAUAAGGAGAUGCGACUUAUAUUCAUCGUCAACGCGCGUUCUAAGCUUAAAACCCCACCGCUGUCUCCAGGAUACUAUGGAAACGCGUUUGCGUUCCCAGUAGCAAUCGUAACCGCUAAAGAUUUAACUGAGAAACCGUUAGAGUUUGCUCUGAGACUAGCAAAAGAGGCGAAAUCUAGUGUGACUGAAGGGUACAUGCGUUCGCUUGUGAAUCUGAUGGUGAAAAAGGGAAGACCAAGCUUCUCGUCAGACGGAGCCUUCCUGGUAUCGGAUGUGAGAAUUUUUUCAGCCAUCGAUUUUGGAAUUUGGGGGAAACCGGUUUACGGUGGAAUCGGGACAGCUGGAGUUGCGGAUUUUCCAGGCUCUAGCUUCUGCGUCUCAGCUGAGAAGAGAAAUGGUGAGACAGGGAUCAUCGUACCGAUUUGUUUGCCAGAGAAGGCGAUGCAAAGGUUUGUGAAAGAGCUCGAGGGAGUUUUUAGCAGUCAAUUAGCAUCCAAUGGAGGAGUCAAAAGCCCUGAUAAAUUGAUAUUGUCUUCUCUGUAAAAUGAUUACUGGGGUUUAAGAACUAGGUAUCUGCAUUUCCAAUCGGGUUACCCUAUCAUAUGAUGUUAGAGAAUUAUAUGUGGUGAAGAUGUUUAAAUCAUACGAUGUUCUAAUGUAAAAUAGCAAGAGAAAUCUGAGAAGUUGGUGCUAAUUCAAUCUC